GCGACUACGGGGAGAAAUCCCGGAAGCCGGACCCUGCGGUGGUGCAGAAGGUCACGGGAAUCCUCACGGAGAAGUUCAAGGUGGAGGUGAAGCAUGCCUCGGUGUCGGACCCCACCUACACUGACGCCAUCUUAAGCCCGGGCAAACUGAAACUGGACAAUGGCGAGACCUUGGACUUCGAUGUCUACAUCCCCUGCUAUCCCGUGCGGCCCAAUACCGCCUUUCUGACCGGAGGCGAAGGGAAGCAGCUCCUGGACGCGUCGGGCGCGAUCAUCUCCAACGAGUGCCUCCAAUCCCAGGCCUAUCCUGAAGUCUUCGGCGUUGGAGUGACGACCACCAAAGUGCCCGGACACCCGGUGUCUGCACGGAUCACGAUCGCUUCGCAGCACUGUGGCAAGCAAGCUCUGGCACUGCUGCAAGGGAAGGAGGUCCAGAAGUUUGUGGACAAAGGCACCCCCCCGCCGAUGGACCAUCCGAUGAACAUGAAGAUUGGCCAUGGGCCCGGUGGCUACAUGAUUUGGUCCGGCUUGCCAGGGCCUGCGAAGAUCUGUUGCUGUCAGUGCUGCGGAGGAGGAUUUCCCUUUUGCCCGCCUCCGUGUGGCACGUCUCGAAAUGAGGUCAUGGCACCGGGAACGGUCGUCGCCGCAUGGUGGCCAUUUGGGGGGCUUGGGGGGCUUGGGUCGUUGAACGACCCAGGUCCACUCCGGAACCCCUCCGGACCGGCGUGCGCGAGACCGGAGUCCCGAUGGUGAGACCGCGAAGCGACCAUUCAACGGAUCAACCAAGGGACCCCGCAGUACUGCCCUGGUCAUGAGGCGACGGCGUUCGCUCAAGCCGGGGAAUGCGAGCGAUGCAGAAAAUGGCAGCAUUUUGCCAUAGGGAAUACCCACCAUGUCGCCAGUUUUCUGGUACAUAAAAGUUCAGAUGGAUCAUAAGACAGGAUGAUGGCCUAAAGCUAGUAGCAGCUAGUGCGACUGAUUUUGCCUGGCACCUUUAUCUUCCAAACACCGAAAGAAAGAUCAGAAUAGAAAAGUAUCUCGUUGUUUCGUCAUGUGUUGGGUGGAACGUAUCGUGUUUUGUUGUCCCACGUCGUGGAUGGAUCGGCCUCUAGUCGUCUAGACUGGCGCAAACCCGUCCCGCGGACCGUCCGUCGCAUCGUACGGAGUCGACGUCAGGUUGCUGGUGUUGCAUCCCGGGUUGUGCCCAUGGAUGUGGCACUUGCUGUGGGCCACCCGAGGGGGAAGGCCCCGCCAUCUUCAUGGUGGGUUUGUUGGGGAAGUUCCCAGGAAGCCAUGGAUACAAAGGCCUGGGCAAUUAUGGCCCAGAGAUCCCUCAGCAGAUGAGGAUGAGCUGAGCUGUUUGAUCAGCGCACUGCCUAUAGCUUGCGCCGAUGUAAAUGGUAAGAAUUCGGGUUGACGUACCAAUGAGCCAGACUCAUUGUGGGAUUGGAGGGUUGGCCA